CUCGUGUCUCCCCCACUACAUGUCUCCCCUCUUCUUGUGUCUCCCCCACUACAUGCCUCCCCUCUUCUUGUGUCUUCCCGACUACAGCUCUCCCCUAUUCUUGUGUCUCCCCCACUACAUCCCUCCCUGUUUCUCAUCACCCCGCCUCUCUCUUCUCGUCCCCAUCCUCCCCUGUUCCGUUCCCUGUUCCUGUUCUUCUGUCCUCUGGUAUCUCCCCAAUAACUGUGUCUCUUUCUCCCUCCCCCCCCUCCUCUCUCUCUCCAACAGGAAUCCUGGACCUUCCAGAUGUCAUCACCCCCAGCAGCAGAGAUGUCUCCUCCCCACCAGGACGGUCAUCAGAUGUCGGUGAGCAGAGCAGCAAAGGGACCUCAGAGGACACCACCCUGCCUGAUGAGGAUGUACUGGGGAAUCAAAUGGUACCUGCAGUAGCUGGGAGUGAGCUCAAUGAGGUGGACCCCACUGGGCCUCCUGCCCAGACAACAGAGUUCUCCCGGCCUCGUCGCUUCUCAUCUCUGCAGUGUCAGCCUCAGAGGGACGAGGUCAGCCGGCUGCGGGCCUCCUCUGGUAGGAGCAAGACCCAGCAACACCAGGAGGCCCUUGGCUUGCCCAACAUUGGAAACAGCUGCUUCCUGAACGCGUCCCUGCAGUGUCUCUACAGCCUGCCCUGCUUCUGCAGUGACAUCACGGGGCAGGAGGACCUCUGGAGCCCCCGGAGAAGAACCAAGCUGAAGCUGCUGAGGUACUUGGGGGAGCUAUAUAAAUCCCGGCAGGGUGAGGGCUCCUACAAAGGCAAGCGCCGGCUCCUUUGGUCCAUCAAGAGCAGUCUGGCAGAGUCCAACGAGGAGUACGAGCAUAUCACUGAGCAGGAUGCUCAUGAGUUCCUGCUCCUCCUCUUCAUGAAGAUGAAGAUGGAAGGUGAGACACUGCAGGAGAUCUCCACGUCACCCAGCUAUAUCUGCCCCGUCCAGAACUUUGAGUUCAGACUGCAGUGUGUACGCACCUGCACCAGCUGCGGUGACAAGGUCUUCCAGGAGGAGGAGCAGAACCACUUGUCCUUGGACCUCCACCCGUCGUUGAUAGCUGGCCUCCAAUUCUACUUCAAACCUUCAGAGUUGGAGUGCACCUGCCGGCAGUGCUCUGGAUGCCAGGCAACAGCGGUUCGGCAUUUCCUCACUCUGCCCAGAGUGUUACUCCUUCACAUGAAGCGCUUCCACCACGACGGGGCACGGUUGAGGAAGGUGACCGAUGCUGUCAGCGUUCCUCCAUGGCUGUCUCUGGCCUCCCUCGUUGGAGAGCAGGGUGCUGCAGCUGGGAUAGACCCACUGAGAUCAAGUUAUGGAGAGGGGGAAAUCGCAUCUGGAGCAAAACCAAGUGCAAACAUGGCAGCAGUGGAUCAUCUUGACAGUGCAGGAGACAGGGACAGAGGUCUUCAGGAAGUUCAUGGGAAGGAUCACAGCAACCAGAGCACCUACCGUCUGUCGGGGAUGGUCUCUCACCUCGGGGAGAGCAUCAACACCGGCCACUACGUCAGUGACGUAGCUCGAGAGGACGGCGCCGGAUGGUUGACCCUCAACGACGCCCGUGUGACGCCCGCGGAGACGCCGGUCCUGAGGACCAGAGAGAAGACCGCCUACAUGUUGUUUUACGUCCUAAGUGGAGCAGAAGAGGGAAGCCAUGUCCCACUGGCUCAGAACCAGGAGCCAUCUGGAGCUGAGAGGGACUGACACCUGUGAGGCCCAGGAGAGCGCUUGAUUGGUGGCAGAGUUCCCGUUGUCCGGUAAUUACCGGUCUUUGACCGGAAAAAAAUGAGGAGGACCGAAAAUCCUAAAUGUCUCCGGUCAGAAUGACCGAUUGGAAAUAAGGCCCCGUCCACACGGAGCCGAAACGGGCGAAAACGAUCCGGUUUCGUUUUAUGCUUAAUGUUCAAGGUGCUGGUUCUCCACAGAAAAAAGUGGAGCGCAUCAACCCUGCGCUCAUACAGCAUGCGCGCUGUAUACAAACAUUCAGUCACGAGGAGAUUCAACCAUUGAGCAGAACAAAAUUGAGCAGGUCCUAUGUUCCCGGUUUUCCCCAAAAAGGGUCCUAUGUUCCCC